UGAUGCAGUGUGCAGUACUGAUGAAACAUGUUAUCUUCUAGGACACCAGUCUCGUCAAACUACUCAGCAGCACUACGUUCGAGUCAUAUGUGGAGGUGAUGGGGAUUGUUUGUCACAGACCUGAUAGUCAGUUAAACAGAAUGAUGCCCACAGGAGAGAUUGAAGUACUCGCAUCCAACUACCAAGUCCUUAGUAAGGCUCGCCAAGACCUUCCAUUUCUUAUACGGGACUUUAACAAGGACACCCUACCUCGGUGGGAGAUGGCUGAUGUGUUAAAAAAACAAUACAUUCUGUUUAAAAAUCUGUACAAUCCUCCUAAUGAGCAGUUGCGACUGAAGUACCGCUAUCUAGAUCUUCGUCAUUCUGAACUGCAGAAUAAUUUAAGAUUAAAAUCCCAGGGUGCUCAAGAGUUUGUGGUACCUAGUAGACAUCCUGGAAAAUUUUAUUCUCUGGUCCAAAGUCCACAGACGUACAAACAGUUAGCUAUGAUUGGAGGAUUUGACAAAUAUUUCCAAUUUGCUGUUUGUUACAGAGAUGAAGGAGCUAAACCUGAUAGACAGCCAGAAUUUAUGCAGGUGGACCUGGAGAUGACGGAUGUAACCAUGAGAGAAGUACAGCACCUGACAGAAAACCUUCUAGUCUUUUCAUGGCCUACUCAUCUGGCUGCUAUUUGCUCUCCAUUUCCUGUUUUAACUUAUAAUGAGGCUAUGAGCUCCUAUGGAGUUGAUAAGCCAGACACCAGGUUUGAUUGGAAGUUGCAAGACGUUACGCAUCAUCUUCAUAAAUGUGGAGCCACUGUGCUGGAAAAUAUUCUCACAUUACCAGGGAACUCUGCUCAUGCCUUUGUUAUUCCUGGUGGGCAGCUGCAAGUCACUAAGAAGGUUGUAGCAUCCUGGGAAAAUUUAGCCAGAACACAACAUAACCUGCUUGGAGUAUCAGUGUUUUACAUCUGUGAGGACCUCACAUUAAAGGGAGCGGUGUCCAAGAAAAUGAGUGCUAUAAGCCAAAGGGAAUUAAUUCAAACACUCGGGGCUGUAAUGGGAGAUAUAUUAGUCAUGGCAGUGGGCCCAACUAAUGAUGUGUUGGGUUUGCUUGGUAAAUUACGAUUGCUAGCAGCUAAAACCAUGGAGGAAAGUGGAAUUAUUGUGAGGCACCCAGAACACUUCAACUUCCUGUGGGUGGUAGACUUUCCUCUCUUUACCAAAGACGAUAAAGGAAAUGUUUUACCUGCCCAUCAUCCCUUCACACUGCCCAGGGAAGAUGAUACUCAUUAUCUUUACACUGAUCCUUUUAAGGCAAAAUCACAGCAUUAUGACCUGGUGUUGAAUGGAUGUGAAGUUGGCGGUGGAUCUAUACGAAUCCAUGACCCAGAGAUGCAGCGGUUUGUCCUGCAGGAUAUUAUGGGUGUUGAACCAUCAACUCUUGGUUUCCUUAUUGAAGCACUGGAGUCUGGGGCUCCACCUCAUGGUGGGAUUGCCCUUG